CAACCCGCAAGAACAAGAAGACCUUUGGGUACCGAUGAACAGAAGAUACCCAGAGCUUCCCAGCAUGAAGAUCUCGAUCAUGGUAGAGUUACGAGAAGCAAUCCCGAGAAUGUACUGGAAGAAAGAGAACCCAAGUAUGAUGCAAUGCUUAGUCAAAUGGUGGGUAGGAUUUCAGCUAAGCCUGGUGGUAAACUUGAGAUGGGUGAGGCAUUUGUGACUGAAAAUCCUAGCAGACCCUUACCGAAAUUGCGGAAUACAACACCCGAGUCCACAAGGUAUGAGGAAAGGACUGCGCCUCCAGGAACCUUGAAUGUGAAACAGCUACACCACAUCAUGCUUUUACAUCAGGGCAAGGCCGAUGAUCACGGUGGUCCCUUGGAUGUUGACCGGAUUGCAGAGAAGUUUAGACUGGAUGUUGCAAAGGUCCAAACGAUCUUGCAAUUCAUAUCGCUGCCACCGGAGGACAACACUAAACCCAAAAAACCUAAACAAAGAACACUGACUUCCAUUUUUUCUCAAGUUGGAUUUUGUGUUUGAAUAAGGGUGCUGGUUCAUUUCAGAAGAAAUUUUGAAGUUUAUCAAUUGACAUUAGUUUAU